UCAUAUUACUCCAAAAUAUCCUAGAUAAAAAAAGAAAUGAAUCGUCUGAUGAUUUGUAUGUUUGUUAUUGCAAUGUGUUUUGGGUUAAAUGUAGCAUUUGAUAUGUUCCCAUGUCCGAAAAACCAAAUUAUAAUUGAGAACGAUCUUGGUCCCGGCUUGGUUCUCCAGUACCAUUGUCAUUCCAGAGAUGACAAUCUAGAUGUCGCAAAUUUACAAUUCAAAGAGGUUAAGUUUAUUUAUUUCGCGGACAAGUUAGGCAGAAGGACAAGAUGGACUUGUAGUUUGAAACAUGGAUUGUACAUGCGAUAUAGUCAAGAAUUUAUAGCAUACAGAAUGGCCAACGUUCGUCGAUGUGGUCACUGGCGCCAUUGGGUUGCCAAACGUGAUGGAAUUUACCUUAUAAGAAAUGGAAAUCGGCCAGGAACGUUCAAACAUGCAUGGAAUAAAACUAAAUAA